AUGCGCAUUUGCCUCCCUCAGACGAUGGUCGACGUCUCCGACUUCCGCCAAGUGCCGGAUAACCAGGAGGUGUACGCGGACGCGAGCACGGGGACCUCCGUCAUCGUGGAACUGCUCAGACGGCAGACACAUGUCCGCAACACCGAGGCCGGCGUCUUCUUCUAUCAUGACCUCGCCAAAGACAAUGGGUGUGCGCCGGAGAGCAUCUCUCAGGAGGAGACCUCCACGCUCCCACCGUCGGCGUACCCGCACCUGGUGGCAUCGGCGUCUUCAGUCCCACCCGCUGCAUGUGGCUUGGCGGCCCCGCAGUCAUGCGACUUCGCGUGCCUCACGACAGGGCUGCAGCGCAUCUCCAAAUUUUCAAAUGAGAAGGGGAAGGAGAAUGACAUAUUUGUUGGACUGGCAGUGCUGCGGCUCACGCCGCCUGUAUCGACGGAGAUACUCGUCUCAGUGUCGUGCCCGGCAUGGCUGCACCCUGAGAGCUCAGAGGCAAGGGUGGUCAAACGACUACUCACCGAGCAGGAGCGCCUGCAGUUGCUGCACACGGCGGUCGCCUCGCUGGAGGUUGUCGAGUGGGGUCUGUUCGUGCCCGAGGAGGAGUAG